UUAUGCUUUGUUGUCCUUCAUUAAAAUCAGAAUUUUACUUUCUUUUACUCACAACUUUUUCAAUAAUAAUCCAAAUAAACAGCCAACAACCCGAAUUAAUCGAGGGAUUAGAACAACCCCGUCAACCAAUUAAAAACACUCUGGGUGGUCUUUAUUCAGGCAAUAUAACUUUAUUUUUUAGAAAUUCUCCUUAUCGUGUUGAGCAUGAACUUAUUGUAAGCGCUGGCUGUACAAUGAAUAUAGAAACUGGUGUACAAAUGUAUUUUGAUACUGGUGUUGGAAUGAAAGUUUAUGGGACGCUUAAAGCUAUCGGAAAUGAAUUUGCUCAUAUUCAAAUGCUUCCUUACCAAGAACAGCAUUUAUAUCAAUUUGAAAUGCCCGACUUUCGCCUAAUUGAUGGCCCAACUGUUCGUCAAGGGCGUCUUCAAGUAAAGUUUCGAGAUCGUUGGCGUUCUGUCUGUACUCAAUUAACUAAUUGGACAAGUAUUGAUACAAGCACUGCUUGCCGUUCCUUGGGGUAUGAGGAUGGUGGAUUUUGGAGAUUCUUUGCUAGAAAUAAUGAUACUUACCCUUUUGUUAUGCCUUCACCAAAAUGCUUGUCUGAAGCUAAAAAUCUUUGGGACUGUGAAGGAUUUUCUGAUCAUAAUUUAAUCCCUCUUUCCGAAAAUCUUUGUCAGGGAGAGGAUGAUAUUGGCAUUUAUUGUUGGGGACGGCCGUCCUUUCGUGGCUGGUCAAAGCAUUGGAAAGGUCUUCACAUAUUUCAUUCACCUUAUGGCUACGUUCCUGCUGACCCUGACGAUGUUGCCCUACAAAAAGAAUCGCAUUCACGACUCGAAUUUUUGGAUAUUUUAUUUGCCGGAUAUGACCGUCUUAGUGGCAAUACAACGGCUGCUCUAUAUAUUGAGGGCGUUCCUCCUUUAAUGAAUGGACUUAGAGACAUGGAAUUGCUAUAA